UAGGUGGCGCGUUGUUAAUAACGCUUCGCCUUAACAACGCGAAAACUUUGUUCAAGAUUUUGCAAAGAAUGUUAAUACGAACAGACAGAUACACACACACACACAUACACAUAUAUAUAUAUUUAUAUAUAGAUAGAUACACACACACAUAUAUUUAUAUAUAGCUACACACACACACAGACGUAUAAAGACAUACAUUGACGCGAGCAGCCACGUUUAUUCAUUCAUACAUUCGUACACACACUCGCGCCCAACUUAUUCUUCUACAUCACAGGCGUAAUAAUGUUGGGCAGGACACCAGUUGCGCUCCAGACGUUAUCGAAUUCGUUUGAUAAAUUAAAAAAAGAUACAGAUUCGUUUCUAAAGAAGUUUAAAAAGUUUAGGAAGUCGAAUCCGGACGUGAAGGAGUCGGAGAAUGUUUGGGCGUUAAGCGAAGAAUGUAAAAGUUUAGCGAACGAGCUGGAAAGUCUAACGAAGGAAAUUGAUUUACUUGAAAAUAAGGAUCCGAAACAACAGAAGAAUUUCGAUUCCAAGAAAAAGAGCCUUCUAAAAAAAGUGGCCAUCCAACAGAAACUAGUAUCAGAUGCUUACGAUGUUAUUGUUCAACAAACAGCAUCAAAAGAAAACGAAGGAAGCCAAAACGUUGAAACUACCAAAGAUACAGAUUCAGGGGAGAAGGCGGCAACGAAAAGCAUCACAACAAAGAAGAAGCAAAAUCGAUCGAAGAAAGAAAACAAUAAUAACAGUAGUAAGAAAGAUUCCCAGUUCAGGGGAAAGUAUUGCAGGAAAUCCGGAAAAAGAAAUAAACGAAGAUGUGGACGAGCAUGAGGAAAGCGAUGAUGUUGAUGACGAUGAUGACGACGACGACGAUGAUGAUGACAAUGAAGAGGAGGAGGAUGACGAAGAGGGUGCAGCUAGCACGAGUGGUCCAGCUAGUAGUACCAGCGUUGCAGUUACAGAGAAUGAAGAUGUUGGUAAGGUAAAGUCUUUUACAAGUAGCCAUUCUUCUUCGAAAUCCAAGUCGAAAAUUUUGAAUCAGAAACCAGAAUCUGAGAAAAGCCCCACUCGAGUUGUUCCCACACCAUAUCCUCAUGAAGGACCAGCAGCAGCAACAACAACAACCACAGAAAGUCAAAGUUCCGUGACCAACCAGAAGAAGAAAGGUUUGAAAUCAAAGUUAAUAGCUGACAUGAAAUCAGAUUUGAAACAUAAUCUUCGUCCUAAACAGAAAUUACCUCCAAAAACUAAGGAACUCUUGGAAGAGGAAGAUGAAGGAAGGGAGGAGGAGGAGGAGUCAGAUGAAGAAGAGGUGGAGGAGGAGUCUGAUGAAUAUGAGGAGGAGAAGGAGGACCUGAGUAAAGUGAAUGAGGAAGAAGGGGAUUCUACAGAUGAGGAGGAGGAAGAAUCUGAGUCUGAUGAAGAGAUGGAACUUCCUACUAAGUAUUUUGUUGCAUUAUCAAACUAUGAGAAAGAAGAGACAAAUGAUUUAAGUUUUAAGAAAGGUGAAGUCUUGAAAAUCGUGCAGGCCCAUCGAAAUGGUUGGCUUGCUGAAAAUAAGGAUGGUUUUCGAGGCCUGGUGCCCAGCACCUAUCUGCAGAUGAGGUCUUCUACUGAUGAUGAUGAUGAGGAGGAGGAGGAGGAUAGCACUGAAGAAUCGAGGAAAGAUGAAGGAGAAAGUGACAGUGAUGAUAACUUUGAGGAUGAAGAAGACUCAGAUAUAGAUGAGGAUGUGAAAGUGGACAGCGGAGGAGAUAAACCGAAAACUCGUUCUGCUAAACAACUUUGGCAAACUAUCAAAGAAUCAAUUCAAGAACAAUCCAUUGUUGAUGUUCUUCAAGCAAAAGGCACUGUGCCAUCUGGUUUCAGACCUUCUACUCUGAGUAGUUUAUGGGCUGCCAACUCGGAGUAUCGCAUGGAGAAAGCACUUCAUCCAUCCUUGAGUAAAACAGCAAUGAGCUAUACAGAUUUGUUUUACUCUCCUUCAGACAAACAAAUUUGUCCUUACAGUGUAAAUAUAUUAAAAAUUGUGAGUAUUCAGUCUUGCCGGAACAUUCCACAAACAGGUCCGGGUAUCGAUGUCCAGUGUCGAUGCGUACGAGUUUGUAUUUUUGAUGGGAAAAAUGUCUUGAGUAACAUACACACAAUCAUAGUGCAAUCAGUUGAUAAAUCUCAAAAGUCUUGGAGUUUUUCUUCUCGUGUCUCUGAUAAUAUGGAUGUCAGUUUACAUACAGAAUUCUUUGUGAGAACAAAUUACUCAGGGAAUCAGAUAAGUUUACUGUUUGAGCUGUGUCUGUCUUACACCCAACAAGACACCCAGGAACAAGGGAUAUUCAGCUGUGGUUGGACUAAGCUUUUAUUAAAUGAAGAAACCAUUACAAACCAUUCUUAUGAAUUGCCCCUUCAUGGUGGAACUCCCUAUGACAGGGGUAUUCCUCUUGACUCCAGAUUUUCAAAUGCAGUUGAAGAGAAUUCCUUUCUUAGUCUUUUUACUGGGCACCAAAAGCCAACAUUAGUGGUCAAAGUUCUUCCUCCCAAAAAAGAACAGAAAGAUGUUUUGAACAGUUUACCUCACACCAUCAUUGGUAAUGUGUGCCUGAUGCAUUUCUAUGCAUUGUACCGGAACAUUCUGGCAAAGGCUCUCCUACAAGACAGAACCGGUUUGGAUAACACGGAGCUGAUAUCCAGUUCGGUUUUGGCAUCUUUCCCUUUGGUUGCAGAUCAAUUCGACAGGAUGCAAUUGCUUCGUGACACUUGGAUUGAGAAGCAGAAAGAGAUGAGUCGAACGGCUCGACGCGACAGCAACAACCACAAGAAGAUGUUUAUAGAUAGUUUCCUGGAGACUGUUUACCCAUUUUCCCAUAUAUUAACCCCUGGAGAGCCUGCAACAGGCAUAGACACAAACCAAAGGCAGUAUGAUGCCAUACAGAAAUUCAAAGAAUUGAAAUCAGAACGAGGAUCUACGCUGGCCGUUUUGUUGAGCAACGAUUUCACUUACGAACCAAUGAAACUAAAUGAAGUGACAUUUUCUGUUUUGAAAGAUAAUGAAUCCAUUAGUGAGGCAUGAUUCAGAACAAAAAAAAAACAACAAAACUCACCUGUCUUUGUGAGAAAGACUAAAUCUUGAAGAAAAGGUUUGAUGUGUGAUGAGAUGAAAGAGAGAUUGUUGUUUCAAGCAGGGAUUCUUUAUUUCCAUGUAAAUUGCAACUGAUGAAGGCCACCACAUCACCAGUGGACUACCAUUUUCUAAUUACUGUCAGGUAAAUCUCAAUGAGAUUCAUCUGACAUUGCUGCUAUCAGUCAGGUAAUUUUGCCAGGUACUUAAUUGUGUACCUAGUUGUUGAUAUGUUUGUUUGAAACUGUAUUGUAAUGACUGUACUAAAUGUAUUUGUGAGUCCUGAUUAGUCAAUGUUACAAUCUCACCUGUACAUGCACACAUAUUUCGAAAUAUAAUCAAAACAAACACCUUUCAUAGCCAAGGAUAUCUAAGCACAAAAACACUACAUAUAUAUAUACGUGCAUAUGUAUAUGAAUGUGUGUGUGUAUAUAUAUAUAUAUAUAUAUAUAAAAUACAAAAAUGGGACA